AUGAGCCACUCGACUUCCCGACCGUGGUACUACCCAGCUCGACCUCAAAUACGACGAAGACGAGAUGCUACUCGCGUUCUAGCUGGCGCGUUUGAUCUGCGGCCGCUCAUCCAUUCCUACCCUCCACCUCCUCCGUUCGAAGAACGGGACCAAACAAUCCUUGGGAUUUAUCCCAACGGGAUAACCAACGACUUUGGCACCGAUCUUCCGGCUGAUGGUGGGUUUAGUGUUCCAGAUGACUCGUAUCCCGCUGAUAGGCCACACGUAGAUGAAACGGCUGAGAGUAGCGCCAGACAGUCCGGGAAGCGUGCAGCUGACCGCGUCCACCCACCUUCCUCAUCAAAACACAUCACCCCAUCUUCCGACUCGUCCGCCACAGCCCCCGCACGCAAGUCGACGUCUACCAAGAAUGCUGUGGCUUCCAAGUCGAAGGCUGCGCAGCCCCCUACCACGCAGCCCAGUGCGGCGCCCUCGAUCCCCGCUCCAAUUCCUCAACCCUCCGGCGCCACGAAACAGAAGAGUGGCAGCAAACGUCCGUCCACAUCAGGCGCUGCGUCUGAUGGUCCGGCGCCUAAGAAAUUGCGCCUCACCAUUACCAACCCGCCGAAUGACUCGUCCCCCAAAUCCGCUUCCACUUCCAAUCAAAAGGUGACCACUCACCAAAAAGCCACGCCUGUGAGGGAGACGUCCACCGUCUCACUUUCCACCCAAAACCCCACACCACCCGCGGAGAUACCUCCCACCACGCCCGAGUCGCAGGUGUCGCCAGCUCAUGAAGCGCCCACCAGGACGAGGACGAAGAAGGGCUGGAAGGGUUGGGUGGAGGCUAAGGACGGAGAAGAGCUCCCCAAAGACAAGCUAGUGAACCUUGAUAGCCCUCAGUUACUCGCGUCUACUCGGACAACUCGGAGUGGGACAAGCUAUACUGCUUGGUCGGAUGGAAAAUGGCAAAAACCGCCUGCAGCUUGGGGCGGUGGGUCCGGACCGAUAGACGGAGCGAUAAUCGUGUGA